AAACACGCGGUGUGAAAGAAAACGACGAAGAAAGAGGCACCGUUGCAAAGGCUGGUGGUAUCCAAACGACAACAUCCACAACACCCAAGAGCCAAACAACGAGGCUGGCACCGCUAGGCACCGCUAACACACACGAGGUCUCAGACAUCAAAUAUUGAAAAUGGGGAAAAAUAAAAGGCCAAAGAAUUUUUAUAUUCAGCUUGCCAAGAAACAGAAAAAGUAUCACAGUGUUCUGAGCCCUGGACUGACGGGAUUUCUGUGCACAUGCAAUGACCGUGAGAGAGACUGUGUGAUAGAAGCUUACAACAUCCUAAACGAGUAUGCUGACCAAAUGUAUGGCAAAGAGGAGAUUCCAGGAUCUCGCUUCACAAAAGAGGAUGAUGGUAGCAAAUCUCAGGAAGGAAUAAAAUCAAGUGAGGUGGCAGAGAAGACUGAGAAGAAAGUGAGCAGUGAAGAAAAAGAGGAUGGAUAUUCAGAAGGAAGCACUCAAACUAAAGUGUGUGAAGAAGAGAAGUUGAGUGAGGCAGCACAAAAAGAUACAGAAGGACAAAAAGACGUUGAUCACAAGGAACCUGAGAAACAAGAUGAGAGUAAGAUUAAAUCAAAUGUACAGAAGCGAAAAGGUACUGAAGAUUCCAGUGAUUCUGAUGAAGAAUUGUCUGUUGAUGCUGCUCUCAAGGCUGAUGUUGAAGAGCUUCAAAAGGAAAAUGAAAAGAAGCACAGACAUUUGCGGAGAUUUAGCCAGGUGGCAACUGGAGCUAGCAAUUACAUCUUCAUCCGCACCACACUUGAGGACCCUCUUCCCCUCUCACUGACAAUAAUGGACGACAUCCUUAGACUACAGCAGAGGAAAACAAAAAAGCUCAUUCGCAUGAUCCCAGUGCAGACAACAUGCAGAGCCUUUCAGGACGAUAUUCUAAAAGCAGUAAAGAACCAAUGUGAAUCUUAUUUCAAAGAGAAGGGAGGGUCAUUUUACAUUGCUAUUAAGGUAAGAAACAAUAAUUCUGUGCAGCAGGAGCCUCUAAAACUUUCUCUUAUAACUGUGUUAAGUGAGGCUCAUUCUGAAAACUACCCUGAACUUAAAGACCCAAAUGUUGUUGUCAAUAUAGAUGUCAUAAAGAACAUCUGCUGCAUAAGCUUUCUGCCAGGAUAUCUUACAAAAUAUUGUAAAUAUAAUUUGUUAACUUUAGGUGACAAAAAGGAAAAUGCAAAAAGUAUAGCUAAAGUUGAGGAAAAAGAAGUAGAUAUGCCAGAAAAGGAGGAAGAUGCUAAGUGAAAUAUGGAGUACAAAAUCAAAGAAAAAAGAUAGUUGCCUUGUAAAUGCCCUGUGAAUGGUCAUAAGACCUGAUUAAAAGUUUGCGUUUGCAAUGAAAUGUUGUGCUGAACCAUCUUUUACAACAUUAAAUUUUAUUUUUGUACAGAAUUUUAUAUUGCAUUGCUGUUAGCAUUAUAGAAAAUCUGCAUUAGAAUUUUUUAAAUGACCACAAUGUUACUUGUCAAUUAAUUUUCAUGUGUACAGUUGUCUUUUAUGGAUAAAUCCAUAUGCAUUCAAAUAGUAGACAGAACCACAAAUAUUUUUAAUCUUUUAUUCUAUUUAUUUAUUUUAUUUUAUUAUUUUUAUUUAGUGGCCAUGCAGUCAUACAGUGUGGCAUAUCUACACAUGAUUCAUAGGUUGGUUAAGGAAUGUAAAAUUCUUAUUCACAUUGUAUUGGUUUCAUACUUAAUGGUAACU